AUGCAGUGUAAGCGUUUCCUUUCGUGUGUUCUGCUGCUUACCGCCGCCGGACCCCUCCUCACACACCCCGUCUCACACUCUAACGAGAUGUCCUACACCGGAACAGCGUCUGUAGAGGAGGACCAGGUGGUGAGUCCAGAGGAGCUGGUCCUUUCUGACCACACCUACAGAUUCCACAGUGCACCUGGCCGUGGCAAUCUAAGAUCAGCAGUGUUCAGCCCAGACCAGGCCGUGAGAGAGGUGCUGUUGGAAACACCAGCUCUGAGCCCUCAACCUCGUUUCCUGGGCAGCAGAAGAGAGUACAGAAAGAGAACCACUACAGAGUGCUUCUGGAAGUACUGUGUCUAG